CCGCUGAAGCCGAAAAGUGACAUCAGGCACUGGGCACACAGGUGGACCGGGAAGGCGGAGCUUGGAAGAGCAGGAAGGCGGGGCUGAAAGUUCCUUAACCCUGGGAGUGGAAGAAGCAGCAGGUGCUGUGAUAAAACAUGCAUAAAAUGAACAACAAGACGCUCUCCCUCGUGGUGGGCAUCUUCUCUCUCCUUAACACCUUCCAGUUCCUCAUCUUUGAGUUGAACCACACUACGUACUUUGGCUACGAGGACAAAGUCAGUAUCUACACGGACACAAAAUCUGAGCUGGUAUCUUGGGUCAUGAUCCACAGGAGGAGCAUCAACGUCGUCUCAUCCACCAUCACCCUCGUGUUCAGCGUGUUGCUUCUCUAUUGCAUCCGCGUGAACAACUACGUGGGGCUGCUGUGCUAUGCCCUGUGGAUCAUCGCGUAUGAGCUCAUCAGUGUCUCCGUGAUCGUGAUCGUCAACAGCAUCAUCAAAGAUGAGUUCAAGGAGGUGAUGUACCUCCACCUGAUCUUCCAAAUCUCCCGUAUGCUCCUGCACUACUUCUCUCUGCCUUUUGUCACCAAGUAUACCUACGUCCUUUACAAGGACCCCAAGAUUUCAGUUAAAAUAGGCCGCCACAGGCACUCUUCCAUCAGUACUGUCGAUUCGUGGCCGCCUGUCGGGCUGAGAACCUUGUACCGCAAGUUAAACUGAACUGUGCCAGGAAGGAGAGAAAUAAAUAAACAGUGCUCCCCAGCGAUAGCUCCCCCUUUUCCCUGCUUGCCUUCUGUUGCUUCUGCUUACCUUUUCAGGGUCCUUGAGUUUUAUGCACCUAAGAGUAUUCUUGGGGGAGGGACGUUUGCAUGGAUCAAUUAUUGUGCAUGUGUGUAUUUGUGACUUGUUUUAGCCUUUAAUUAUAUUCUGCCUUUGUUCUUA